GGCGCCGGGCAGACAUGGUCGGCUACGACCCCGAGGCCAAGUGCGUGUCCACGCUGGAAGCGGCCGCCGCGGGCUCGGCUGCCGGCCUCGUCAACCGGCUCCUCGUCAGUCCCCUGGACGUCGUCAAGAUCCGCUUCCAGCUUCAGAUCGAGCAGCUCUCCUCCAGAAACCCACUGGCUAAAUAUCACGGCAUCUUGCAAGCUGCGCAGCGCAUCCUGCGGGAGGAGGGCUUGUUUGCCUUCUGGAAGGGCCACGUCCCUGCCCAGUUCCUUUCCGUUGGCUACGGAGCUGUGCAGUUCAUGGUGUUUGAGAGCCUGACAAAACUGGUGCACAACGUCACGUCRUACAGCGCCCGCGGGUCCUUCGUGCACUUUGUCUGCGGCGGCCUCGCYGCUUGCACGGCCACGGUGGCCGUUCAGCCUGUGGACACGCUGCGCACCCGCUUUGCUGCUCAGGGAGAGCCAAAGAUCUAUCCCAGCCUUCGCCAUGCAGUAGUGACCAUGUACCGGACAGAGGGGCUGUGGACUUUCUACAGAGGUCUGACCCCCACAAUCAUUGCUGUCUUCCCAUAUGCUGGUCUCCAGUUCUCCUUUUACAACAUAUUUCAGCAGUUUUCCGAAUGGGUGAUUCCAGCUGAACGAAAGGAAGCAGGCAAUGUUAAGAACCUUGUUUGUGGCAGCUGCGCUGGACUYAUCAGCAAAACCCUCACUUAUCCCUUUGACCUGUUCAAAAAACGACUCCAAGUGGGCGGCUUUGAGCAAGCCCGGGCAGCCUUUGGGCAGGUGCGGACGUACAGGGGUCUCCUGGACUGUGUGAGGCAGAUCAUGCGGGAGGAAGGCCCGGGCGGGCUCUUCAAGGGCCUUUCCCCCAGCUUGCUCAAGGCUGCUGUCUCCACCGGCCUCAUUUUCUUCUGGUAUGAGAUGUUCUGCAGCCUGCUGUGCGCUCUGAAGAGCACUGAUAUCACUAAGAAGAGAAGCUGAAGAGGGCACRUAUUUGGCUACCUGUUUUCUUCCUGGAGGGAAGCCGACAGCUUUGCUCUGUCUCAAGCGUGCCMAAAACACCCGAGCUCUGAAUGUAAGAAACUGCCUGCUAGGCCCACACRGCAGCAAGUGAAUGUGAGUUGCCUCCACAGAGCACUUUCUUCUUCUGCCUCCUCGAAUAUGAGCAGAUGUUUAGCAAGGGAAACAGAAAAACAAAACCAAAAAACAAGCGUGAAACUACCUAGAGACUCUGCACUGAAAAGGCACCUGAUAAAGCAGGAGGGAUUCCAGCACUGGCCCUUGGUCACAGAGGUGGAUGCUGCUCUAGCUCGUGCUGUUUUAACUGAUGUCGCUUUGUGUAGCUGCAACCUCACAGCUUUAUUUCUCUGCCCAUGGCCUGCUUGUUGCAGCAUAUUCUUAUAUUGCACAGGUACCACUGCUGUUUGGAAGUCAGUUAAAUUCUCCUGAAGGUGCAGGGGUCCUUGGAUUCCCUUUUCUUUGCUGCCAGCUGCUUCUGUCUGUGACCACUUACCGGCUCUGCAUCUUCAGCUGCCUUAAACACAGUGUCUUCUGGUGAUUCGUGGUGACCCAAACUUGCACUUCCUGGAAAUCUGAUGAGCUUGAUGAAGUCUUAGAAGUGCCCAUCUAUUUCCUGCUGUGUCUUGCCAUGCAUCACAUAGGGUUUUGUGUCACCUCGGGCAUUUUUUCAUAAGGAAACCUACACAUUGAGAACUCUGCUCGGAGGAGAAUUCAACGCACAACAAACCCAAUCCCUGCUUUGGGGUUCUUAGCUUCCCUGCUGCUGUGCAGUGAGCAAACAGAUGCUGUAUAUAAUUUUACAGUCAAUAUUUAAUCUAUGUGAAGACCAUGAAGGAGUGUCCUGUGGAAACUAGGAAAAAAACCACCACAAUUUUGAAUGUUCUAACUGUUUUUCUGAAGUGGCCUCCAAACAUUUCUAAGCCUCUAUUCUCGAGUGGUGCUAACAGAUAAAAAUGUUCUGAGAAGAUCAGCCCAAGCGAGAAGGCUAAACUUGUAAAA